AGUUUAAUAACUUUCCUCGUUGAUGAAUGAAUGAUCAAUGACCGGAGCAGGGGAUAGUAAGACCGGUGAUGAGAAGGAUAAACCUUCGGAGGAGGACAAAACCGAAGAAAAGAAACCAGCCGCUGAAAAAGAAGAUACUUAUGUUAAGAAACCAAUUGAUAAAACUAGCACUAAGAAUACCGAUUUUCAGGUUCGAAUAAAAGUAAUAGAAGGUCGUCAAUUACAAGGCGCCAAUAUUGAUCCAGUUGCUAGAAUAACAUGUUACAAUCAAACUAAGCAGACAAGGGUUCAAAAAUCAACUAAUGCACCUUAUUGGAAUGAAAUGUUCUUCUUUAAUUUCGUCUGUUCUCCAGCCGAACUAUUUGAAGAAACGAUUAACUUUCAAGUAUUUCAUGCCAAAAAGCUUAGAUCUGAUUCGCUAGUUGGAAAUUUUAAGUGCGAUGUUAGUAUGGUUUAUGACGCUCCGAACCAUACGUUCCUCAAUAAAUGGCUAUUACUCAGCGACCCAGAAGAUCCGCAGGCCGGAGCUACGGGCUAUUUAAAAAUAUCGGCUACAGUUUUAGGUUCAGGCGACGAAGCUCCUAGCUUUAAGCAGAUUGCUCAGGAUGAGGAUGACGAUGAAGAUAUUGAAUCUAAUCUCCUCAGACCAGCGGGUGUACAAUUAAGACCAGCAACAUUUCAUUUGAAUCUAUAUAGGUGCGAAGACCUACCUGUCAUGGAUGCCGAUUUAAUGGGAGAUGUCAAAAAGUUCUUUGGAUCUAAAGAAAAACGAGGUGGAAGAGUUGAUCCAUAUUUUGUAUUUUCGUUCGCAGGAGCAGAAGUUAGGUCACAAAUAAUGGAGAAAAACGAUCAUCCUGAAUAUAACGAAAACUUAAAUUUGGGUUUAAGGUUUCCAUCAAUGUGUGAAAAAAUUAAAUUUCAAUUAAGAGAUUGGGAUAGACUAUCGGAAGAUGAUCCAAUUGGAACGGCAUUUGUUUAUAUCUCACACAUAUCAGCAACAGGAGAAAGCGGCUUUUUACCGACUUAUGGACCAACUUAUAUAAAUUUUUAUGGAUCACCUAGAGAAUUUAGCGCCUUAUGUGAAAAAUAUGAAUAUUUAAAUACUGGCAAAGGAGAAGGUGUUGCGUAUAGAGGAAGGGCACUACUUGAAUUGACAACAGUUGUUGGAGAUCUACCGGAAGAAGCUUCAGAGGCACUAAGUGUUGAACAAACUUGUAAAGUUGAAAAAUAUAUGGCUAGACGUAAAUUCAAAUUGAAUGCUGCUUUUAUGAAUGCAACAAUGAUUUACGUUCAGAGUGCAACUGUUCAAUUUGAAGUUUCUAUUGGUAACUAUGGUAAUAUACUUGACGAAUCUGUACCACCUAGUGCUUCUACAACUCAAAUAACUAAUCCCGUAUUUGAUGGAUGCUAUUACUACUUCCUUCCGUGGGGUGAAACUAAGCCAUGCACAUCUGUUGACUGUCAAUGGGAAGAUAUAUCUCAUCGUUUGGAGGCGUUAAAUUCAAUUUUAAAAACUGUAGCAAGACUAGAAUCAAAUAUUGAGAAAAUAAAAAUGGCUAUGAAGGCUAGAGUUGAUAUAAAAGAACUCGCUCAGAUAAUUAUAAGUACAUUGGAUAGUUUAGUUAAUGAUUGUCAAAAACCUUUACCAAAGAUUAUCGAGGGGCACACUAUUCAAAACGAUCUGGAUCGUGAACUCAGAAGUUAUAGAGAGACUGAGUUGGCUUCGUUGCAAGGCUUGGCAAGCUCUUUGAGAACAACUGCAGAUGAUCCUGAAAAAGCUCUCGGUGAUAUUGAAGGAUAUUUAGCCCAGCUUAGGAAUCUUGCUAUUGAACCUCAACAAAGUAUUCCCGACGUAAUCAUAUGGAUGAUUUCGGAAAAUGAAAGAAAAGCAUAUUUUCGCUUACCAGUUCACCAUGUUCUUUAUUCUCCAACUCCUGAUUAUUGCGGUAAAUUCUGCAAUAACUUAGAAACGAUACAAUUACAAUUUCCAGGAGAUUUGGCUGAGAAAGAUAGUAAGUGGGAAAUUCCCGCUCUGCUUAGAGCAAAACUUUGGUUUGGAUUAGAAAGAUACGAAGAAUCUUGGCACAAGGACCAAACUGAAGGAGAGGUCGCCGUCUUUGCCGAAACAUACGAGAACGAAGUUAAAGUUAUGAACACCUGGUCAAGAAAAAUGCUUACUAGGCCAAACUUCUCAGAUAGCUCGGGUAAAAUGAAAUUAAUGAAAGAAGAUUUCAUCAUUCCAGACGGUUGGUCAUGGGAUGGAAAUUGGUAUAUCAGUCCUGAGUUGAGUAUGCUAUACGAUAAAGAUUCAGGUCAUACUACUUACAUCGAAGAAGUUUACGAAAUGCAUGCCAGAACGUUUGGUGGCAAUUGGGAUAUGGAUUCCAGUGCUCCCUGGACUGAUGUGAAAGGCGAUAAGGCUAUUGGAAAAGGAGACAUAGAACUACCAAAAGGUUGGGAAUGGGAUAAUGCCUGGGAUAUUGAUAAAAAUAGGGCCGUAGAUGAUGAUGGUUGGGAAUAUUGCACUGAAGUAUCGGUAGGAGGUUGGGGACCAGUUGAAAAAAUGUAUCAUCUAUGCCGUAGAAGAAGAUGGCUAAGAACAAGAAAACUAGCGGCUGACGCAAUUUUGAAAGCUCAGAAAGAGGAAGAAGCUAAAAAGCAAAAAGCUCUUGCUGAAGGCUGGGAAUAUGCCCCAGUGUUUGAUAUGAAAUUUCAUCAUACAGAAAGAAAAUUAGAUAUGGUUAGAAGAAGAAGAUGGCAUAGGAAAUUACAAAGCAAUGACUCUAAGAAACCUUGUUUCUUUAAAUUCAAAGAUGAUGAGGAUGGUGAAAAAUCUAGAGCAAAAUUGGCUGCACCUAGAAUGUUUUUAACCUGUCCAGAACCGACAAAGUAUCAACUUAGGGCCUAUAUUUAUCAAGCCAGAAACUUGUUAGCCGCAGACGCCAAUGGAUUAUCGGAUCCAUUUGGAAGAGUAGCUUUUCUUAACCAAUCGGCAGUCACUGAAAGACUUGAGAAUACUCUUUGCCCAACUUGGGACCAGACGCUUAUUUUUGAGAAAGUUUCUAUUCACGGUCGACCCAAUCAAAUUUUGGAGAAGCCUCCUACAAUUAUAAUUGAAUUUUUUGAUCAUGAUCAAAUAGGGUCACCGGAGUAUUUAGGCAGAACGGUUGCCUAUCCUUUGGUUAAGUUAGAUGUUAAAUCGGAUACAAGAAUACCUAGUUUGCAAUGGUAUAAGAUAAAGAAGGGAUUUCAAGAUGGAGGUGAAGUUCUUGCCGCUUUUGAACUAUUAAGGAUUGAUGGUCAAGAGCUUCCUCAUUUUCCUCCGAAAAGAAAAAAGCUUUAUACAGUUCCGCCAGAAGUUCGACCUCGUCUAAGAAGAACUGGUGUUGAGGUACUGUGCUGGGGAGUUAGGAAUAUGAAGAAAUACCAUCUCCUAAGCGUUACCUCUCCCUCUAUUGAAUUUGAAAUUGGUGGCCAUCUCUUGAAAUCAAAGGUUAUAAAAGAUACAAAGAAAAAUCCCAACUUUGACGAACCUCUGCUCUUUUUUGAUAUUAUGUUACCUGAAGAGGAAUUGUAUACUCCUCCAAUGAAUAUUAAUGUCAGAGAUAAUAGACAGUUUGGUAGAAAGCCUUUGGUAGGAAUUCAUGUAUUACGCUCCUUCGAACGUUUUCGUUAUAAACCUCCACCGAAAUUAGAGGAAGUUACAUCCGAAACUGAAAGUGUUUUGAACGCUGCUGUUGAAAUUCUUGAAGAUAAGCCGCCAGAGAAAAAAUCGAAUGAAGCUUUAUGGGAAGAAGAUAUCGAUUGGUGGUCGAAAUAUUAUGCUUCUCUCGGAGAGCAUAAGAAAUGCAAUCAUUAUUUGGAAAUGGAAUUUGACACUUUGCAAGUUUUCCCAAAGGCUUUGGAAAAAGUUGAAUCAAUAGAAGAAUUCUCAGAUUUUUGUAAAACAUUUGAGCUGUCUAGAGGAAAAAAUGUUGAUGAUGAACAAACUGCUGUUGGGGAAUUUAAGGGGACAUUCGUUGUCUAUCCACUUCCGGAUGAUCCAUCCGAACCUCUACCUGAUAAAGUUCUUUCGCAUCUUCCAUCGUCAGCUCCCGAAGAAUGUAUUGUUAGGGUAUAUAUUAUAAAGGCGUACGAAUUACAACCCAGCGACCCUAAUGGCCUGGCUGAUCCAUACAUCACAGUUAAAAUAGGCAAGAAGAAGGUAAAUAACCGAAAAGAAUAUUUACCAAAUACCCUUGAACCAGUUUUUGGAAAGAUGUUUGAAUUAAAAGCCAAUAUUCCUAUGGAAAAGGAUCUUAUUAUUAGAGUGAAGGAUUACGAUUUGCUUAGUACAGAUGACGUAAUAGGAGAAACUGUUAUCGAUUUGGAAAAUCGUUAUCUUAGCCGGUAUAGAGCUACAGUUGGAUUACCAAAGACUUAUUGCACUUCCGGUCCAACUCAAUGGCGUGAUUCGCAAACUCCAAAGGAGAUUCUUAAGAACUUUUGCGUAAAGAACUGUCUUCCAGAUCCAAUAUAUACGAGCGUUAAUGAUGUUGUAACUGUAAAAAUUGGUCCUAAUUGCAGUAGUCUAACAGAUUUCGAGAAAGUUCCUCCAAAACAUUCCCAUUUAGGACCAGAUGAGGAAAGAUUGGCUCUCUACGUUCUAAAUACUUUACCAGCAUCACUGAACAAUCCUCUUAUUGUAGAACAUGUUGAAACAAGACCAUUGUUUAAUCCUUUGCAACCAGAUAUUGAACAAGGCAAAUUGGAAUUAUUUGUGGAUAUAUUUCCCGUUAGUCUGGGACCACCAGGACCACAGGUGGACAUCACACCAAGAAAACCGAAAAAAUUUGAACUACGUGUCGUCAUUUGGAAUACAACUGAUGUAAUUUUGGAAGAAACAUCAAUAACAGGAGAAAAAAUGAGCGAUAUUUACGUUAAAGGAUGGCUACAGGGAGUUGACCAAGUUCAGAGUACAGACGUUCAUUAUAGAUCUUUAGAUGGCGAUGGAAAUUUUAAUUGGAGAAUGGUAUUUCCAUUCAACUACAUCCCCGCUGAGGAAUGCUUGCACGUGAAAAGGAAAGAGCAUUUUUGGAGUUUAGAUGAGACAGAACUACUCUUACCUCCCGUUCUCGUUCUACAAAUUUGGGAUAAUGAUAAGUUUAGUGCGGACGAUUUCUUGGGAACGGUUGAAUUAAACUUAAAUAAAAUGCCAUCGCCAGCAAAAUCUUCGAGAAAGUGUAAUUUAAACCAAAUACCGGAUCCUAAUAAUCCUGAUUCCCAUUCAAUAAAGAUGAUAUCCAUCUUUGAACAAAAACGAAUUUCGGGCUUUUGGCCAUGUUUUAAUGAUGAGACUGGAAUAAGAGAAUUAACUGGUAAAGUUGAAAUUGAAAUGGAAUUGAUACCAUCGCAAGAAGCUGCAGAAAAACCUGUAGGUCUUGGCCAAGAAGAACCAAAUCAAUAUCCAAAAUUAGAUCCUCCUAAACGACCAGCUACGUCAUUUUUGUGGUUUACAUCACCGUGGAAAACUCUUAAACUCAUUAUAUGGAAAAACUACAAAUGGUACUUUAUUUCUGGAUUCGCAAUACUACUUUUGAUCAUAUUUUUUGUUCUAUUUAUAUAUACUAUUCCGGGAGCUUCUGUGAAUGCUAUGUUUGGUUAA